AAGAUGGCUUCUGCAGCGACAGAGGGAGAGAAAGGGUCUCCUGUGGUGGUGGGGCUGCUGGUCGUGGGCAACAUCAUUAUUCUGCUGUCAGGCCUGGCCCUGUUUGCGGAGACGGUGUGGGUAACAGCUGACCAGUACCGCGUGUACCCACUGAUGGGCGUCUCAGGCAAGGAUGACGUCUUCGCUGGGGCCUGGAUUGCCAUCUUCUGCGGCUUCUCCUUCUUCGUGGUGGCCAGCUUUGGUGUAGGAGCUGCGCUCUGUCGGCGGCGAUACAUGAUCCUCACGUACCUGCUGCUGCUGCUCAUUGUCUACAUCUUUGAGUGUGCCUCCUGCAUCACAUCCUACACCCACCGAGACUACAUGGUGUCCAACCCGUCCCUGAUAACCAAGCAAAUGUUGACCUACUACAGUGCAGACACUGACCAGGGCCAGGAGCUAACCCGCCUCUGGGACCGGAUCAUGAUUGAGCAAGAGUGCUGUGGCACAUCUGGCCCCAUGGACUGGGUGAAUUACACAUCAGCCUUCCGGGAAGCCACCCCGGAAGUGGUGUUCCCGUGGCCCCCACUGUGCUGCCGUCGGACAGGGAACUUCAUCCCCAUCAAUGAAGAUGGCUGCCGAGUGGGCCACAUGGACUACCUAUUUACCAAGGGUUGCUUCGAGCACAUCGGCCACGCCAUUGACAGCUACACGUGGGGCAUAUCGUGGUUUGGCUUUGCCAUCUUGAUGUGGACACUUCCUGUGAUGCUGAUAGCCAUGUAUUUCUACACCACUCUCUGAGGAGGAAGGGGAGACCAUAGAUGCCCUCUGCCAGAAGCUCCUGCCUCUCUGCUGUGCUUGGACAUCCUCUGGCUCCUCCCUAACCUACCUUCAUGUACCUUCAUGUACCUC